ACAACACAAAACAACAUCAACUUGUGUCCGCAAUUCAGUGUUCGGCAGUUCAUUCAACUCGUUCAAUUCAAACUUCAAAGCAAAACACCCAUAGUUCUUACAAGAAGCACAAAUUUGCACACACUCUCUUUCUUCUUGGCCUAAAUUUCAUUCCAUUUCCGCUUCCAUGACAUCUUCCGAGGAGAGAGAACAUAAUACACCAUGCCCAAGAACACGUUCACACUUGUAACUCGUAGCCACCACCACACCACCUGAAAAAUACAAACUUUUCUUUCUGUUCCAAACUUAAACGCACUGCACUGCCGUUGACUACUUUAAAGGUUUGUUUUCUGGGUGACCCGACAGAGAACAAUGGCGGCGAAAUCGAGUUCGAGUUCAACAAACGUGACGGUGAAAGCGGCGUGGGUUUUGCCACACCGAACGCAGAACAUCCAGGAGGUGUACGAGGUGGGUAGAAAGCUGGGGCAGGGCCAGUUCGGGACGACGUUCCUGUGCACGCGCCGCGCGACUGGAGGAAAGUUCGCGUGCAAGUCGAUUCCCAAGCGGAAGCUUCUGUGCAGGGAGGACUACGAGGACGUGUGGCGGGAGAUUCAGAUAAUGCACCACUUGUCUGAGCACGCUAACGUGGUUCGCAUCGAGGGCGCGUACGAGGACACUUCCGCCGUGCACCUCGUCAUGGAGCUCUGCGAGGGCGGCGAGCUCUUCGACCGGAUCGUCCAGAAGGGCCACUACAGUGAGAGACAAGCGGCGAGGUUGAUAAAGACCAUUGUUGAGGUUGUCGAGGCUUGUCACUCGCUUGGAGUCAUGCAUAGGGACCUCAAGCCCGAAAACUUUCUCUUUGACACUGUUGACGAGGAUGCCAAGCUAAAAGCUACCGAUUUCGGGUUGUCCGUUUUUUACAAGCCUGGUGAAUCGUUCUGCGACGUUGUCGGGAGCCCAUACUAUGUUGCACCAGAGGUCUUGCGCAAGCUCUAUGGGCCUGAAUCAGAUGUGUGGAGUGCAGGGGUUAUUUUGUACAUUUUAUUGAGUGGGGUGCCACCAUUUUGGGCUGAAACUGAACCAGGGAUCUUCAAACAGAUUUUACUGGGAAAACUUGAUUUUCAAUCUGAGCCUUGGCCUAGCAUUUCAGACAGUGCCAAGGAUCUAAUUCGGAAAAUGCUUGAUCAAAAUCCAAAAACCAGGCUUACAGCACAUGAAGUACUCCGCCACCCAUGGAUUGUUGAUGACAGCAUUGCACCAGAUAAACCUCUAGAUUCUGCAGUUUUAUCACGCCUGAAACAGUUCUCUGCAAUGAAUAAACUGAAAAAGAUGGCAUUGCGGGUUAUUGCCGAGAGGCUGUCUGAAGAAGAAAUUGGUGGCCUGAAAGAGUUAUUCAAGAUGAUUGACACUGACAACAGUGGAUCCAUAACAUUUGAUGAAUUAAAAGACGGCCUGAAGCGAGUAGGAUCUGAACUUAUGGAGUCUGAAAUCAAGGAUCUCAUGGAUGCUGCAGAUAUUGAUAAAAGUGGAACAAUAGAUUAUGGUGAAUUUAUUGCUGCCACUGUUCAUUUAAACAAGCUGGAGAGAGAGGAAAACCUGGUGUCAGCCUUCUCCUAUUUUGACAAGGAUGGUAGUGGUUACAUAACCCUUGAUGAGAUACAACAAGCUUGUAAGGACUUUGGUUUAGACGAUGUUCAUAUUGAUGACAUGAUCAAGGAAAUUGACCAAGAUAAUGAUGGGCAAAUAGAUUAUGGGGAAUUCACAGCCAUGAUGAGAAAGGGCAAUGGAGGAAUUGGAAGGAGAACAAUGAGAAAAACACUGAAUUUAAGAGAUGCUUUUGGGUUAGUAGACAAUGGCUCCAAUCAAGUUAUUGAGGGCUACUUUAAGUAACUUCUUGCAGACAAAAUUCACAAAAAAAUUAAUUUAGUAAGUUUCUACCUUGUUUGUAGCUUCUUGACCAAAUUUUGCUUAUCUAUUGAAAGACCCAUCUUUUCUGGAA